CCUGUGAGAAUGAACGCCGCUAGUUUCAGAGAUUGCAAGGCAUGGAAAUCAGAGGGUCUGAUGCUGUCCACUAGCAGCAAUGAGGCCUGUAAACUAUAUGAUGCUAUACUGUCUCAGUAUGUGACCUGGCGUAAUGAUGAGACACUUGGAGGAAUAGAAGGCUGUAUUACAGCUGUCAAAGCUGCAGACCCGGACUUUGUUAUGGGUCAUGUGAUCUCUACUGGGCUGGAGUUGGUGGGCACAGGAAGUUCAGUCCUGCGGGAUGAGAGAUUGGCCAGCGCUGUGAGGAAGACUGUGGAGCUGGCGAACUGUAAGGAGCUCACGUCCAGAGAGAGAAACCAUGUGAAAGCCAUGGAGCUCUUCUCUAAAGGAGCCCUGCACAAGGCCUGUGAGGUUUGGGAGAGUAUUCUGGCUGAUCAUCCCACAGACAUGUUGGCACUGAAGUUUGCCCAUGAUGGAUUCUUCUACCUGGGUGAACAGAUUCAGAUGAGGGACUCGGUGGCCAGAGUGCUGCCCUAUUGGAAACCGCAUAUGCCAUUGUACAGUUAUCUUAAAGGGAUGUAUUCCUUUGGGCUUCUUGAGACUAAUUUCUAUGACGAAGCUGAAAAAAUGGCAAAAGAGGGUCUGGCUUUGACUCCUCAGGACGGUUGGAGUGUCCAUGCUGUGGCUCAUGUCCAUGAGAUGAAGGCAGAGAUGGACAAGGGGCUAAAGUUCAUGGCCUCUACAGAGAAAGACUGGAUAGUGUCCGACAUGUUGGCGUGCCAUAAUUACUGGCACUGGGCACUAUUUCACAUUGAGAAGGGGAAUUAUGAAGCAGCUUUGAAUAUUUUUGAUGAGCAGGUUUAUCUGCGCUGUGUGAAGUCUGGAGCCAUGCUGGACACCGUUGAUGCUUGUUCAUUGCUCUACAGGCUAGAGCUGGAGGGUGUGAGCGUGAAGGACCGCUACAGAGAGGUGCUGCAGGUGACCCAGCCACAUACAGAGGACCACACAUUACUUUUCAAUGACCUGCACUUCCUCAUGGUUUCCCUGGGAAGCAAGGAGAGCGCCACCACUCAGCGCCUGCUGGAGAGUCUGCAGGAACUAGCUAAAGACCCAGCAGAAAACCAUCAGUUCCAGAUAGCUGAGCGUGUGGGGCUGCCCAUGUGUCAGGCUCUGCUGGAGUAUGACCAGGGAAACUACAACCAGGCCGUGGAGCUGCUUAAACCCAUCAGAGACCGCUUUGUAGAGAUAGGGGGCAGUGACGCACAGAGAGAUGUUUUCAAUCAGCUCCUUAUUCAUGCUGCCAUGAAGUCGGGAGACAAAGAACACCAACGAUUUGCCAGAUGCAUGCUGACUGAGAGAGACGCAGUGCGGCCAAACUCCCUGCUCACAGACCGUCUGAUCCAGAGAGCCCACUCCUUACAUGUUUAAAUCCAGACCCUAUUCCCAAAGCGCUUUACACCCUGUUCUCUGGUGGUUUAAUUACAGGCCGCUUUCCGAACUCAUUUAACUACAGACAUCAGAUCAGAGAGCCCUGUGUACAGCCCAAUAGUUUGCACUGAACAAAGUUUAAUUGGUUCACUUCUCCGACUCUGUCUAAAUGUUCGUCUAGCCUCUUCCAUUGCAUGACAUAAAUUAAAUGGAAGUGUGCAAGAAAUCCCUUGGAAAGAUAUUUUGUAUGACAUAUUAUUCAAGUCUGAGCAGCAUUUUCUCUCUAGGCAUUUAACAAAUGACUGAUUAUUCAAUAAAAAUGUACUUACAAAUA